GCCAAUGUAAAUGAGUUUAAUGUUGGAGUCUCAAGAGAACGGAUACAGAAGAUGCAAGACAGCCAACGUGGUCCAUUCCUAACCAUCAUGCUGGACAGAACCCUGAGCCCUGCCAUUGCAACUCAGCACCAUUUUACGGGAUAUCGGUUGGGAGCAUGGUCACCGCAACAUGUGGACCCAUUGCAUAGGUGUGUACUCGCAACUCUAACGAUGGACCACAGACUUUGCAUAUUUAGCCGUGGUAAAGCAAAGAAAUGGGUGCAGGUGAUGGAGCCGUCGAAACUGCUUAACGACCACAUGGCUGGCAACGACUUUGAUACAGCAGACAGUCACAUUAUCCAGGAACGUCCGAAGGAUGUCACCGCUGACCUGUGGCAUCUGAAAAACCGAACAUACCUACUUGCAUCCGUUACUAUGGUAUGGUCUCAAGUUAUGACACUCAAUGAAAAUAAAUACUGCUUGCUGAUAACUGCCCAGAAGUCUGGCCACAUUGUGUUUUGGAGAAUGUCAUUGCCUCUGACUGGUGAUGCAGAUGCCAUGAUGUCAUCCGUGUAUGUGUCCAAUCAGGAAAUGCCAACCUGCAUGUACUGGGAACCUGCAUCUACCGGAGCAAAUUCAGGCAUACUUGCCAUUGGAAACACAGAAGGCAUCGUCAAAGUGCUGUCCGCGUCGCUGGCGUCCGACGGCGCCGUCGUCGUCUCAAACUUCGGCACGGUCUGGUCGCAGGUCGACCGCAUCCCUGUCUCGCAGGUCGCCGUGACGACGCUCGGCGGCCAGGCCGUGCUCGUCGCCGCCAAGGAGAUGUUCAUCGUCGCCGUCGGUCUCGACCUCGCCGCCGGCGUCGUCAAGCCGACGACGUACUGCUUCAUGGGCGCGCACGCGAGCGCCGUGACGGGCAUGCACGUGUGCCGCAGCGGUCUCGUCGUCGCCGCGUCCGGCGACAGCGUCUACCAGCAAAUCGUGCCGAAGAUGGACGAGGUGGCGGGCGGCAGCGACCUGCAGGUCGAGAUCGGGCAGCUCGACUUUGGCAGCCGCGCGCACACGACGUCGCACGGGUUGACGGUGUCGCCGAACGGCGUCUUCGUCGUCUUCGUCGAGAGUCCCGCGGGACCGUUCGACCAUCUCGUCCUCAAGGAGGCGCUGAAGGUGCACGUGGCGACGCUCGCGACGUCGGUCGACGACGUCGGCGACGUGCUGCUGAACCGCGCCGACGGCCCGCUCACUCACAACCUCGACGCGCUCGAGUACGUGCGGCUGCACGUCAUGUCCGGCGAGCCCCUGCCGCUGCCGCUGCAGCAGCUGUGCUGCGCCGACCUCAGCGAGGCGUCGCAGUACACGCUCAAGCUCGUGCGCUACCUGCUGCAGCUGCAAACGACGACAGCGGUCGGCGACGACGACGCCGAGCGCUCGCUGCGCACGCAGGUGGCGCUGCUCAACAACCAGAUCGUCUGCCGGCGCUACGAGCAGACGGUGCUGCCGCUGCUCGCGAAGCCCGACGUGCAGUCGCUGCUGCAGAUGAACCACGACCUGUGCACGUCGCUGCUGCUCAUGGCCACCUGGUGGCUGCAGUGCAACCAGGCGGUGGCGGACAAGAGCAUCGCUCAGUGCGCGUUUGAGCUGUGCGCGGUCGUGAUGCCCGACGACAGCAACGUCGCUUCGUGGGACGUCUGCGCCGUCUGCAAGGAGGACGUGACGCUGCACAGUCCGACCGAGUCGCUCUGCAACAAGGGUCACAAGACGGCGCGCUGCUGCCAGACGCUGCUGCAGACGCGCAAGAUGGACGCCUCGUCGCAGCGCAAGUGCAGCCUGUGCGGUGCCAUGUCGAUCGAGCCGCAGCCCGGCGCAAACUGGGGCACGCUCCUCGACAGCUACUGCUCCUUCUGCGACGGCAUACUCUACACGGGGCUGUAAUCGCCCUGCACAAGAGCCACUCGUCUCCCAGCCAUGCGUGGUACGAACAGAUAGUUUUCUGAUGUGGUGUGCAGCAGCAGAGCUUGGUGGUUUUGCGAUACUGUGGCCUGUCUACAGUGAGGGUAUGUCUGAUCAUGCACAGCAUGACAGCAUGCAUUCUCAAGCGAAGAUAGAUUAUGGUGUUAGUGUAGAGCGUGUAAAGCAUUAUGUUGUAGUCGGUCGCGCGAGUAGUAUUCUCUCAGGUAGAGUGGUAACACUGCUACCCUGCAUUGACCUGUCUUGUUGUGCAGGUCUUAAUUGUUGAGAAAUUAUUUGCCAAGAUGAUAUGUAUGUAUUUUAUAUAUAUAAUAAGUAGCAGUGCAUUUCACUUUAUUACACUUUCCUCCUGUUUGACUUCAUCACAGUGAAAUUAUAUGGAAACCCAUUUGUACAGUAUGUGUUGAACCUUUGUGAAUUUCUAAUAAAGUACAUUUUUAUAGAAAAUCUG